AUGGCCUCCCUCCCUCCUCAUGGCCACUUCUACGACGUGUUCCUGACGACGUGGCCCUCCCUCCCUCCUCAUGCCCUUCUACGACGUGUUCCUGACGACGUGGCCCUCCCUCCUCAUGGCCACUUCACGACGUGGCCUCUCCCUCCUCAUGGCCACUUCCACGACGUGUUCCUGACGACAUGGCCCUCCUGUGAUCACUUCCUGGACGUGCUCCCAACUUCCGGGUGUUCCACAGUGGCGUCCUUCUCCCCAGAGAUGAUCAGGGAGAUGAACCGUGUGGGGAUGCUGGUGGACAUGUCGCACGCCUCCUCCAGGACGGCAGGAGACGUGCUGGCCACCUCCCGCGCCCCCGUCAUCUUCUCUCACUCGGCCGCCCGCGCCCUCUGUGACAUAGAGAGAAACGUACCCGAUGACAUCCUUAGUUCCCUGGCAGCCAACGGAGGGAUAGUGAUGGUCAGCUUCUACAACGAGUUCCUGACGUGUGGUGCGGCGGCCGCUAUCAAGGACGUCAUCAGUUCUCCUCCAUCAAGUCCACCUCCUCCUUCAAGUCCUCCAUCAAGUCCACCUUCAAGUCCUCCUCCAUCAAGUCCACCUCCUCCUUCAAGUCCUCCUCCAUCAAGUCCACCUCCUCCUUCAAGUCCUCCUUCUUCAAGUCCUCCCUCCUUCAAGUCCUCCUACAAGUCCUCCACCAUCAAACCCACCUCCUUCAAGUCCUCCUCCUUAAAGUCCCACCUUCAAGUCCUCCUCAUAAAGUCCCACCUUCAAGUCACAUCAAGUCCACCUUCAAGUCACCAUCAAGUCCACCUCCUUAAGUCACUUCCAUCAAGUCCUCCUCCAUCAAAUCACCAUCAAGUCCACCUUCAAGUCCUCCUCCAUCAAGUCCACCUCCUUAAGUCCUCCUUCUUCAAGUCCACUUCCAUCAACUCCUCCUCCAUCAAGUCCACCAUCAAGUCCACCUUCAAGUCCUCCUCCAUCAAGUCCUCCUCCAUCAAGUCCACCUUCAAGUCCAUCAUCAAGUCCACCACCAUCAACUCCUCCUCCAUCAAGUCCACCAUCAAGUCCACCUUCAAGUCCUCUACCAUCAAGUCCACCUCCUUCAAGUCCACCUCCAUCAAGUCCUCCUCCAUCAAAUCCACCACCAUCAACUCCUCCUCCAUCAAAUCCACCAUCAAGUCCACCUUCAAAUCCUCCUCCAUCAAGUCCACCUUCAAGCCCGUCAUCAAGUCCACCUCCUUCAAGUCCUCCACCUUCAAAUCUUCAUCCUUCAAGUUCCAAGACAAGCUGAUGCCUCACCUCUUCCUGGAGACUCUCUUACAUCACCUUAAGCUGGUCUUGUUCGCUCUGUAA